GCAUACAUUCCAGGUGAUUGCAAUUUCGACCCGUUGAACCUCCUCCCUCAAGACAAGAACGGCCAAAUGGAAAUGAUGACAAAGGAAAUCAAGCACGGAAGAAUUGCCAUGAUGGCAAUUUUGGGGUUUGCUGUUCAAGAAGCUCUUUACAAGGCUCCGGUCGUUGCGGAGACACCGUUUUUCUUCCACCCAAUUUUCUAAAUGAUUUAACAUCGGCUAAUGUACUAUAGAAACAAUUUUUCAAUGAAUUUUGCGAUUGUUAACGAAAAGUCUUAGCUGCCUUGUCGAAUGUGUCUGUCUACGCGAUGUCGUUGACAUUAUAAUUUAACAUUCUGGUGCAGAUCGAGAUUUCUGCAUGUAUCACAUCGCACCGAAAAUUUAGCUUUGACAUAUGACUUUUAAGAAACUUUUGUUCCGAUUAUUACCUCACAGGUGACAGCUUUCCAAGACCCUAACUCGGCCAGGAGCAAAGGCUUCCACACAUCAAAUAAUGGAUCCGKUCCUUUAUGAUAUCACACCAGCUUCAUUCCGAAGCUUGUCGACCAAGUCAUCAACACUUUCUACCAUGAUUCCUUGCUGUCGUGGUGGUGGCGCAAAAACCUCGACCACUUCAUUGUAUGUUGUCAAGUCGACUCCUAGGUCGUCGGCAUUGAUUGUGUCAACUUUCUUUUUCUUGGCCUUCAUAAUGUUUGGCAGGGUGGCAUAUCGUGGUUCGUUCAAGCGCAAGUCACACGUCACAACGGCCGGAAGGGAAGGAAUCUUAAUGGUUUCUGUUCCCGAAUCUGUCUCUCGUUCGACUGUGAUUCCCUUUCCUCCAUCGUUGGGCGUCAAAUUAGCCGCAAACGUUACCUGUGGCCACCCCAAAAAGCCAGCUAACAUCGGACCCGUUUGGCCACAAUCAGAAUCGAUUCCCUGCUUUCCAAGCAAUACAAGGUCUGAUUUUUCCUGGUCCACAAUUUUUUCAAACAUUUUAGCAAUCGCAUAAGGCUGGAGUUCCAUGUAGUCCGUUCUCAAAUCAGUCGAAAUAUGAAUUGCUCGGUCACAGCCCAUUGCCAAAGCGGUGCGUAGCGUCUCGGUGCAUUGUUUGGGUCCAAUCGAAACCGCCACGACUUCCUCGGCCGCCUUUGCUUCCUUUAGUCUGACGGCUUCUUCUACAGCGAUUUCACAGAAAGGAUUCAGGGACAUCUUGACGUUAUUGAGACUGACCGAUCCUUUUUGUACCUGCACCUUAACUGCAUAGUCUACAACACGUUUGAUCCCGACAAGAACUUUCAUGAUUGACGCCUCUACUUCUCUAUACUGUACUGCUGGGAGGUCCUGGAAACUUUCUUUUUCUUCUGCUCCCGCAUUUCAAUUAAUAAGAAAAAUACGACAGA